AUCGUUUGUCGUUCGUCCGUCAGUCACAUUCGCACACGCAAGCAGCUCUGUCUGUUGGAUAGUUGCUUGGCUGUCAUAUUGUAGUAAUUCGAUUUCUGUGAAGUUGGAUAUGUUUCUGUUAUUAUAAGGCAAAAACAAUUUUUUUUGUUACUGAGUGCAAAGGGCAAUCGAUUAUAUAACACAUAAAAUGGCUCCGAAAGAACCAUCGCCGUUAGCCAAACUCUACCUCAUUCUGUAUAACGGUGUUCAGGUUUUAGGAUGGUCCUACAUGCUGUACCAGCUCGUGGCUUACUACACAUUCGACAAUGGCAACGGAAAACCACUGUGGGAUUACCUAGGAACUACUGUAAUUAUUUUCCAAAACGCAGCCGUCCUUGAGAUAGUACACGCAGCUACGCGUAUUGUGCCGAGCAACCCGGUCAUCACCACCUUUCAGGUUCUCUCCCGGGUGAUGGUGGUGUGCGGUGUCGUAUUGGCGACUCCAACGGGAAAAUCUUCUCCCGGACUUCCGCUGGCCCUACUGGCGUGGUCAAUCACGGAAAUCAUCCGUUACGGAUACUAUGCUCUCAACCUGGUAAACGCGGUACCGCAGGUUCUGAUUUUCCUUCGGUACACCACCUUCAUCGCCCUCUACCCGAUCGGAGUGACGGGCGAGCUGCUGUGCUUCUACUGGGCCCAGAGUUACGUUCGCGAAUCGAAACAGUGGAGCAUCGAGAUGCCCAAUUCGUACAACUUUACCUUCUCGUACUUCUACUUCCUGUGGCUGGUUAUGCUGUUGUACAUUCCGCUGUUCCCGCAGAUGUAUCUGCAUAUGUUCGCCCAGAGGAGGAAAAUCUUGGGCGGUGGCAGUCAACCAGCUGGUAGCAAACAGAAAACUAAAUAAAUUGCUUGCACGGUGUGGGCUUCAAAGUCACGGACAAACAGACGUAACACGUUUGAGGGUUAGGUGAUCGACCCGAACAUCAUUAAAACGAAUUCAUUUAGUUAUGCAAUAUCAUUAUCAUUGAUUCUGCCACAACACAUAGAAGGUUAAGGUACAAGCAAUUCGAUUGCGCUUCAAACCAGUCUGUAGGUAAAAUUUGAUUACGACAUAAACGUAGUCAACAACUGAAUUGUUUACCUGACACACCAAGAAUGCUUUCAAUGAAGCGGAACUAGUAGAAAAUUGAACGAAUCUAGUUGUGAUAUUGCUAGUUAACUGAAGGCAUAAAAGUGUAUUUGAAAGACUGAAACAAAACUACGUUUAUUCCAGCACUUGCCGUUUGUUCCGGAACAAACAAAACAUAUCCAACAGAUGUCAUUUAACGAGAUUUGAUUCAAACUGUUACGCAUGUUUGUCUGUGACACUUUACUAUUCCGAUAACAAUUACGUUAAGUUUAUUCAGGGAAGGUUUACAAUUGCUAAAAUAAUCUAAAAACUUUACUACAUUCUGAGAUUACGGCAGGUGGGGGAAUAUGUGCGAGUUUGAAUAAAAGUACGUUGACUACUUCGAAA